AUAGGUUUUGCUGGCUUCACCUCCAACAAAACGCUGGCUGCUAUGGUGAAACAGUUCUUCGCCCUGGCCCCCAUAGCCAAAGUCUACCACAUAAAGAGCCCCGUCCGUCUGUUGGCGCCCUGGGCACGUGACAUAAAUGCCUUUUACGAGUUACUUGGUCAUGGAGAGUUCCUGAAGUAUAACCGAAGACUAAUGGACAUUAUUGCUAAAGACGUUUGCGAAAGGCUCGGUGAUGACCUGUGUGAAAACUUACUCUUUGCAGCUUGUAGGAACGGACCGACUGCACUUCAACAUUACCAGGAUUCCUGUCUACGUUGCACACAACCCAGGUGGAACCUCAGCACAAAACAUGCUGCACUUUGCUCAGGGGGUGAACACAGACGCGUUCCAAAAAUUUGACUAUGGAUCUGCGAUUGAAAACAUGAAAUACUACAAUCAGACCACCCCACCUCUGUACCACGCGGAAGAUCUGCAUGUGCCGGUUAUGGUAUAUUCUGGCGGAAAUGACAGCCUCGCCGACAGAGAUGACAUAGAAUGGCUUUUGAACCAUCUUCCAGCAGCCAACCUUCUGGGGCACAUGACGUUUCCAGAAUGGGACCAUCUAGACUUCAUAUGGGCAUUUGAUGCAGCAAAGUAUUUGUACAGUGACAUCAUCAAGCGGAUAUUUAUGCCAUAUUGAACCUGCGCCAUGCUUGGAAAGUCGAUUCUUUGCUUACAUUUUUUUCUUCAGGUGUGAAGAGGGACAAAUACGCGGACAAAGCUGCAACGCAGGUCUUUCCUUUGAUCAUCAGUUAGAAGGAUUUUUUUUCCUAGUCUGGAUUUCAAAAUCACACGUAUUCUGACGAAGGAAUCGUGUUACUAAAUUUGUGCCCGAACUUAGUUACUUAGCAGACUUAAAAUUAACCUCUGGUAUUAAUAAUGCUUGUCAUUGGUCAAUACAUUAUAUUUUGUGUUCGAAUCACCAUGUUCAGUGAAUGUAUAAAGCAGUUUUCAACAUA